GCAGAUGGGAGAUGCCAUAUUGGAACGGGGGCAGCAGCAGCUGAAAGACGUCGCUCGCGUUGCUGUGCUCGAGCUCACGCGAACGAGGAGAGGAGCGAGAGAGAGGGGAGGAAAAAAAAACAGACGGGGGUCUCGAGACGGAGAGGCGACCAGAAAAAAAAAACUUGGACAGGGCUGUCGAGGAAAGUGAGAGAUGCAGUGAAGAAUAAGUGACACACCUCAGGUCAAAGGUUAAACGCUCACCAGGAAGUGGAGUUGCAGGAUGCAGUCUCUCGCCAAGGAGCAGCCAUUGGCCCUCACUGCGGUGAAGUCACACUGUCCAACCAAUGGGAAAGAAGAAGAGGUGAAAACAGAUGCAGACUCCAUGGAGGAAGAGGCGGAGUUUAAUUGGGAGGAGUACAUGGAGGAGACGGGGGCUAACGCUGCCCCUCACACCACCUUCAAACAUGUGGAGAUCAGCCUGCAGAGCAGCUUUCAGCCCGGCAUGAAGCUGGAAGUGGCCAAUAAGAGCAGCCCGGACACGUACUGGGUGGCCACCAUCAUCACCACGUGCGGCCAGCUGCUGCUGCUGCGUUUCAGCGGCUACGGCGAGGACCGCAAGGCCGACUUCUGGUGUGACGUCAUGACGGCUGAGCUGCACCCGGUGGGCUGGUGCACCCAGAACAACAAGGCCCUGAUGCCCCCCGAAGAUAACAUUUACCUAAGAAAAGCCAUCAAGGAGAAAUACAGCGACUGGACGGAGUUCCUCGUUCAGGACCUGACCGGCGCCAGGACGGCACCUGCCAACCUGCUGGAGGGGCCUCUGAGAGGUAAGAACACCGUGGACCUGAUCGUUGAGGGCUCAGUCCUGGAGCUCCAGGACGUCUCCGGCCCGUUCCUUUACUGGCCCGUACGAGUAAUCCAGAACGUCGGAGGGAGGCUCCGUCUGCGCUAUGCCGGACUCUCUGACGACCACGAGGCUCAGGACACCUGGCUAUUCUACCUGGAUGUCAGGCUCCGCCCACUCGGCUGGGCUCUGGAGAACCGUCUCGCCUUAGAACCGCCUACAGGACUCAGGUCUCUGAAGAGCGCCUCCGACUGGCAGGAGGCUCUGGAGGAUGCCCGACUCAACGGACAGAAGAGCCCGCUGCCACUGGAGGUGUUCAAGGACCACGUAGACCUGCCCGAGCACUCCUUCAAGACGGGGAUGAAGCUGGAGAUGGUUUCUCCAUGGGAGCAGCUCCAGAUCUGCCCUGUUUCUGUCACCAAGGUCUACAAUGAAAUCUACUUCCAGGUAAUGCUGGACGAUCUCUCAGUCGAUGCAAAGCCGCGGUGUAUGGUGUGUCACACCAACUCGACAGGCAUCUUGCCUGUCCAGUGGUGUCUGAAGAACGGUGUGGGCCUGGAGCGGCCCCCGGGCUACGAGGGCCAAGACUUUGACUGGGCUGACUACCUGAAGCAGAGCGGGACAGAGGCAGCUCCGGACGCCUGCUUCCCUGAUACAUGGCAGAACAGAGGCUUUGCCAAGGACAUGUGGCUGGAGGCGGUGAACCCUCACCGGCCAGCGGAGGUGUGUGUGGCUCAGAUCACACAGGUCAGAGGACGCCUGCUGUGGCUCCGACUGGAAGGUGUGGCGAAGCCCCUGUCAGAGUGUAUCGUGGAUGUCGAGUCCGUGGACAUCUUCCCUGUCGGCUGGUGCGAGGCCAACGCUUACCCUCUGACCCCUCCACUCAAACCUGUCUGUCAGAAGCAGAAGAAGAUCGCUGUGGUGCAGCCAGAAAAACAGUUGGCCCCAUCCCAGCCGUUGGAGACGACUCCCGUCAGCCUCUGCCAGCCCGUCGCCAUGGAUCCAGGCUCAGCCAACGGCAGAUACUGCUGCUCCAAGAUUUUUGUCAACCACCGCUGUUUCUCAGGACCCUACCUCAACAAGGGACGCAUCGCGGAGCUGCCGCAGGCCGUUGGGCCCGGAAAGUGCACGCUGGUCCUCAAAGAGCUGCUGAGCAUGCUGAUCAACGCCGCCUACAAGCCCGGACGAGUCCUGAAGGAGCUGCAGGAGCUGGAGGAUCAGAGCUGGGACUGCCAGGAGGAGACCCUCAAAGCCAAAUAUAAAGGGAAAACCUAUCGCUCCACCAUCCGCAUCGUCCGCCUCGCAGACCAGAUCCCAGACUUCUGCCGUAAGGUCUGCGUGAAGCUGCAGUGCUGCCCGAACCUCUUCAGCCCUGUCCUCGUCACCGACAAGUGCCCGGAGAACUGCUCCGUUCAGACCAAAACCAAAUACACCUAUUACUAUGGGAAGAAGAGGAAGCUGUCCAAGCCGACGGGAGGAGAGGAGGCAGCCGAGGGAGAGCUGGCCAAGCCGACGCGCCGCAGGAAGAAGAGGAAAGCUAUCUUUGUGCAGAAGAAGAGACGCUCGUCAGCUGUGGACUACACUCCUGCUGGCUCACCGCAGGACAGCGAGGAGGAUGAAGAGAUGGCGCUGCAGUCGGGCAGCGAAGGCACCAGCUCGGAGCCCCGAGAGGACCACACCGACGCCUCUUCAGUGGAGGUGACCAGCAGCCGUCCUCGCCGGGCUGCGACGCUGCGCAGGGCCUUCAGCGCCGGCAACACUCCCAGCAGCCAGGAGGCCCCAGAGGGCCGCAGGAGGUCGACACGCUCGCUGUCGGCUUACAACCAGAACAGCAAGUACCAGCCUCCCAAAGGACAAGACGUGCAGGUGGAGGAGGAGGACGGUCAGCUGGUUUUGGACAGAAACCCUCUCGAGUGGAGCGUCGAUGAAGUCGUUCAGUUUAUCAACUCUACUGACUGUGCGUCCCUGGCCAACAUCUUCCAGGAGCAGGACAUCGACGGUCAGGCCCUGCUGCUGCUAACUCUGCCCACCGUACAGGAGUGCAUGGACCUGAAGCUCGGCCCCGCCAUCAAACUGUGUCACCAGAUAGAGCGCGUCAAGGUUGCCUUUUACAGACAGUACGCCAACUGAUCAAGGAGCAGCAACGGCAAGUCGCCCACUGAACACCCACUCAGUGGAAAGAGAAGUUGUGGUCCUGCACCACUGGGAAAUGUUGGAUUAGGUGCCUCCUGGUGGAAAGUUUUGGAAAGAUGGAUUUCCAACUUGGAAGAAGGAGGGAUGUUUUCUGGAGCGGUUGUGAUGGAAAAGCACAAACUAAGUCACAAACAGGAGAAGGUUUCCCUACAAGAAGCCGAAGGAUGGAUUUAUGGGGUACUGUCGGUGUGAAAAUGUGACGCAGUACCCACAAAAACGUCCCCACUGCCGACUGCGGCGGAACAAAACACAUGGGGGUGGAUCCAUGUGCUUUACUGAACUGUGAAGAAGUUGUUAUGAGAAGCUGAGGACUCGAUUCUGAAGACAUUUGUGUUUAUUUCUUACUUUUCAUUUCUAUUUUUAGUUGUGCUAGAGGAGCAUUUAAGUUAAAAAUAAUCACUGACCAUUGAGAGUUUUCCCCUUUUUGUUUGACGUAACUGAUUCGGAAAGUAUAUAUUUGAAAAGUAUUUAACAAACCAGUGAGUAAUAUAUUUGGAAUAUUUAUUUAAUCUAUUUGAAUUUAGAGAAAAUAAUUGGUCAGUUAUAAAAUAACGUCAUUAUUAACUCUUUUUCUGCUGAAACAAAGCCCUGAAAGAUGUUUAAGUUAUUCCACAAACAGACAGAGGACGUGCAUUUAUUUAGAUUUACACUUCAGUUGUGUUUAUAGAGGAGAAACAGGUGUUUGAGGAAAAUGACACCCUCUUAAAUACUUUGUGUUGUGUUGCUCUCUUCUCAUUGUUACAAUCACAUGGAACAAUCAUGUAAGCUAUUUUGUGUCCAUCUAUGCAAAUGUGUUGCAGAUAUUUUUGAUAAGUAAGAAAAUAAAUUUCUAUUGAUUUUU